AUGCGCAAAAGUCAACGCAUCUUCAUGACCGGGGCCACUGGCUAUAUUGGUUCCGUCAUCACCGAGCUCGCCAUUGCAGAAGGCUACGAAGUCCAUGGACUUUCUCGAUCUCAAUCUGGAGACUCCAAGCUACUUGAAGCCGGGGCAGUUCCAGUUCGAGGUGAUCUUACCAGCCUCGAUGUUCUUCGUCGUGAGAGUUCUGAAGCGGAUAUUGUUCUUCAUCUCGCGACAGCUUAUCAUAUCACAAAUGCCAGCGCAGGCUAUGAUGCUGUUUGGCCAAUUGAUAAGGCGGCAGUUGAAGCUAUCGCAGAUGGGUUGGAGGGUUCCAAUAAACCACUUGUCGUGACAGGUGGUACACUGUUUGUCUCGCCAGAUCCAGAUGGUCGCGAGACUACGGAGACCUCUCCGGAAGAUCCAGAACCUCUCAAUACUCGUCAGCAAGCUGAAGCUCAUGCUCUCGAGCUGGCAAUGAGGGGAAUCAGGGUUGUCGCCAUACGCUUGGCACCAUGGGUUUUCGGAAGAGGUGGAAGUGGAGUCAAAAUAUUCAUGGAUAUCUCCAAGCAGGCUGGAGAAGUGACGUUUGUAGAUGGAGGCAAGAAUUGCACGACCACUGUUCACGUUGAUGAUGCUGCGAGACUUUAUUUACUGGCUGCUCAAAAUGCAAAAUCGGGAGAAGUUUUCAAUGCUAGCUCGGCUACUAAUGUUACCUUCCUGGAAAUGUGGGAAACUAUGGCCAAGGCAUUAAAUGUGCCAUUGAAGCAUCUCUCUACAGAGGAAGCCAUCGCAAAGCUAGGUCCGUUUUUGACAAAGUUCAUCUCGGUAGAGAAUAGGGCAACGGGAGCGAAAGCUAGAGAUGUGUUGGGGUGGGAACCCACCGGGCUUAGUAUAUUGGAGGAGAUCCAAUUGACCGCUUCUUGA